AGUUUAGCAAUCGUACGUUUUCUUGAUCCCCGUUAAGACACUAAAGGCAAAAAACGCUUAUAAGAGAUCGAUCGAAGUAAAAGAAGGAGGCUUUUGCGUUUGAUUUUAUAACGUGCUUUCCUUUUAUCCUUUCUUUUCUAUUCAUUUUUUUUUAUUUAAUUAUUAUUAUUUUUAUUUUAUUUUAUUUAUUUAUUUUUCUUACCAUUUUGUGUGUGUGUGUGUGUGUUUUUUUUUUCUCCCCGUAAGUAAGUACGGUGCCCUUCUAUCUCGCCGAGAAAAAAAAAAAAAAAAAAAAAAAAAAAAAAAAAAAAAAAAGAAAGAAGAAGAAAGAAAAAAAGAAAACUACGAGUACAUAAGUAACAUAUGUGCAUGUAUAAAAAUCUAAAAGAUUUGUGGGUGAAAGGCAUCGUUGUGAUAUGACAACUGUCCUGUCGUAUAUAAUAAUAAAAAGUUUACUUUUUUUUUGUGUGUUUUUUUUUUUUUUUUUUUUUUUUUUCCCCAUUUAGACGCGCACAGAAACAAAUAAGUCCCGACGAAAUCAAAUAAGAGAAUCAUACGUAUUUAAAAAGGACAUUCGAAAUGAGAAUUCCGCAUACAAUUACCGAGAAUAUCUUCAAAGCUUACAGAUGCUCGACAGAGACUUCUUCAUUGUCAUACGAACAACGGAGAACACUUAUUUCGGAAAAUUUCAACUGGGAUGAUAACAUAGUACCGGAAUUAAAGAUACUAGCUCUUCGUGUUAUAGUAUCGUCAUGGGAAAAUAAUCCCAUACUCAAAGAAUUGCCAAAUUGUAUGGAUCAAGAUGUUAUUAUAGAAACCUUGCCCACUGAUCUUCCCUUUGAGUUGACUAUUACUAAGAUAGAUGACGAACAUUAUUGGGAACGUGCUGCCAAAAAUAGAUGGUCCUUUAAUAAUCCAAACGAUUACGAUAAAUCAUGGCGACGAUUAUACUGCGAACGUCAUUUGGCCGAAUAUUUGGAAAAUUUUGAGCCAAAUUACUUUGAAUCGCAAAGAGAUGAUUGUAUGAAAAUUGUUGAACUUUCGAGCGAGCACGUGCAUGUAUUAAAGUUGCGUGCUCUAAAACCUACCAAAAAACCAGUGAGAGACGAUGACGAUCGUGAUAAUCUGUACAAUGACGAUGUGGUUGAGCAUAUUCCAAUGUCAAUAAUCUUACCGCAAUUACCGUACCUCACUGAAAUGUCCUUGAACAUGGGCAUGAUCUAUAUGGACGAUGGUUUCGAAUGGAGAGAUUUCGAAUUUUCAGUGAAAGACUGUUCGGAUCUUGGCGAAGGAUUGAAAACUUGUUACAAUCUGAAGAAAUUUAGUUUUACGAGAAGCAAGUUGGAUCGAGCCAGAGUUGCUGUUCUUCUACAGAAACUCGUAGGAAAUAAAAAUCUUGAGGAAUUGGAUUUUUCGCAUUGCAAGCUAUUCGAUUUGGGUGCACAAGCGGUCGCUGAAUUUGUAUCGUUACACGGACGAUUGAAAGUACUUCGCUUGGUCAACAAUAUGAUCGGGGCCGAGGGUAUAGCUGGUAUAGUUUAUGUUUUGUUAGAAAGGGAAUCAAUGUUGAGUCAUCUCGAUUUGAGAUUGAAUCCAUUGGGUGAUGCCGGUGGUAUUCACAUUUGUGCACUAUUACUGAGAAACAAGCAGGUUGAAGUUCUAAAUGUCAGCAGUUGCGAAUUAAGCUCAGCCAACGGAGAAGCGAUAGCCGAGAUACUCAAGGAGUCUACGGAUAUAAACGUCGAAACGUUCGAGAUUGAUCUGUCAAAUAACAAUUUCGGUCCAAUAGUUGGCAAACUGUUCGAGAAGGUCGUUGAAGCCAAUAAAUAUAUCAUUGGAUUCGACGCAAGAAUGUGCAAUUUCACGAAGGAAUCCGAGUCCUCGAUAUGGCAAAGUGUACUUAGAAACAAGAAAAAAAGAGCACAAGAAAAAGUAUCUGGCGUACAACAAGGAAGUACUCCAAGCUCGUUAUCACCUCGCUUGGAUCUCGAGUAUCCAAAGAAAAAUGAGACCGAUGACGACAUCAUCUUUAUCGAAGAGGAGAAAAAGACAAUUUUCAAUAGUCAAAUUCAAGUCAAUCAAGUCAAAUCUACGGAGAGUGUUUAUCCGAUUAAAGAAAAAAACAUGGCGACGAUCAAUAACUUUAACGAAGAAAAUAUUAAAGAAGAAAAUCAAAACGAAGUUCCAUAGAAAUAAAUCAUCAUUGUAAAAUUAUUUUAUUGUAUUAAAUGAUACUUGAAUGUGAUAUAUAUGUGUGUGUGUAUAUGUAUGUAUGUGUAUCUAUAAAAAGACAAAAAAAAAAAACAAAAACAAA